GGGUAAAACGAAGAAAACUCGUAAAAUAGUAGAAAGGCGCUACGCCAAAAUGAAGAAAAUGAUCAGUUUGAGUGACCCACGGAUAAAGGAGUCCCUCAGACAACCCCCGAAGAAGAAAAAACCCGAAGACCCUCAUCAGAUGAAAGUGAACGAAGUUCCUCAAAUCAGCUCGGCAUUGUUCCGUCAGUAUAACACCCAGUUGGGCCCCCCCUACCAUAUACUCGUCGACACCAAUUUUGUCAACUUCUCUGUGAAAAACAAGCUGGACAUCAUUGAGAACAUGAUGGACUGCCUCUACGCCAAAUGCAUUCCAUACAUCACGGACUGUGUCUUAGGGGAACUGGAGAAACUCGGCCAAAAGUACAGGGUAGCUCUGAAAAUAGUCAAAGACCCCCGCUUCGAACGAAUCCGAUGUAUGCACCAGGGAACGUACGCUGACGAUUGCCUGGUGCAACGUGUCACACAACAUAAGUGUUACAUAGUGGCAACAAACGAUAAAGACUUGAAAAGGCGGAUCCGGAAAAUUCCGGGGGUGCCGAUUAUGUAUGUGUCGCAACACAGGUAUACUAUCGAGAGGAUGCCUGAUGCUUACGGGGCGCCAAAGUAGCGAAAUAAAUGAUUUUUAUAUA